AUGAAAAUUGGAUUGGGAUUCGUCACUCUCAGCAUUCUUCUUCCCACUUCCCUUUCCGACAACGCUGAUCAAUUCUAUUAUUCUGGCAUGCAGACCCGCGCACAGGGCGGGUCAAAAGAAAAGAGUGAACGCAAUAAUACUCGAUUGGGAGCGUGGAGAUCCCCCCCGGACUCCCUCCGUUAUCAGUCCGGAGCCUCGUUGUACUCCGUGGGGAAUUCCCUUUUCUAUCCGAGCUCUUUCAGAAUUGGGAUUCAGCCCUCGAAGCCACCUAUCUUCUUAGUCAAGAUGUCGCCAGCGACCAUGUAUGAGUCUGAGUCUGGACGCGACCGUCCCUUUCAGGCCGCACCCCCUUGCUACAUGGGACUCAGCAGUUGCUACUGGCUGUCCUACAUCCAACACGGUGUGAGUCAUGACGUGCUCACGUCUCAGCUCGAGGAAUAUCCAAGCUGA